GACAUAUUACAACUAUUACAACCCUGUUAACCCUCACCAUGUAAAAUUUUCUGCCUGCCUUUUUAUCCCACUUCUCACAAUAUAUAACCCCAAAACAAUGACUAGCGAAACCCCUCCCAGCACUCUAAAAUGGUCGUCGCAACUACUUGUCACGCCACCAAUCCGCACCCCCAAGCUCCCUGGCGACAAGAUCUUACUCCCCCAAUCCGCCCUCGAACAACUCCUCGCCGCGGCGCCGGUCGUCGAAAUUGAAGAUAACAACAGAGAAAACCCCGCCUCCUACCUCCCCCGCACAUCCGCUUUCGACCCUUUUAACCCUUACACUUUUAGCGCCGAGGCACAAGCUCGAACGGUCGCUUCGUCAAGCUCCAGGACGCGGCAACCGCAGCUUCCGCACCCGCUUACGUUCCGAAUCACAAACCCGAAUAAUGGGAGAGCUGUGUAUGCCGGUAUCAGGGAGUUCUCGGCAGAGGAAGGGGAGGUUAGUCUGAGCAGUUUUCUGCGGGGUGUGCUUGGGUUAGAAGCGGAGUCUACUACUACAGCUUCCGGGGUUGGUGCUGAUGCGGUGGACGGGAAUGCAAAGCUGGCUGCUGCUGUUACAGUUGAUGUGCAGCAGUUACCGAAAGGAACCUAUGUGCGGCUUCGGCCUGUGGAGGCUGGAUAUGAAUCUGAAGACUGGAAGGCGCUGCUCGAACGCCAUUUACGCGAGAAUUUCACGACGUUGACGAUUGGGGAAGUGCUGAGAAUUCCAAGGGGACGGAAUCGGCAUUUCGAGUUUUUGGUCGACAAGGCUGCCCCGGACGGAAAUGGGAUUUGUAUUGUUGAUACGGACCUGGAAGUUGAUAUUGAGCCAUUGAACGAGGAACAGGCGCGAGAGACAUUGAGGAGGAGAACGGAAAAGGCUUCGUUGGAAAAUAAAGCGAAGAAGAAGAGCUCGACUGGGGGGUUGAUUUCAAAGGACCAAGACAUAAGCGGUCGAGUCGGGAGAGGGGAGUAUGUCGAUUACGAAUUGAAGGAUUGGAAUUCGUCAAAGGAAAUUCACCUGCAACUUGAAGCUGCUGAUGGAGCUGAUUUGGAUGUUUUCAUCAGCCCACUCACACGCCGUAUCGAAAGACGAUACCUAUCGCAAAUGCUCACCGGCUGCGGGAAGCCAUGGUGUCGAAACGAGUACUGCAAAACAGGACACCAGCAGCGUUCUUCACAGCCCUCCUCCUCUCCAUCUGGCAGUCUACCCACAUCUUCAAAAGAUAUCCUGCAGACUAUAAAACCACUCCUCGACGCUAUAGAGCUGAAACCAGGGGGUGUCAAUACCGCUCCAUUCUAUUUUUGUGUUGAUGAAAUGAGUCAACAAAGACGUAUCGUUGGCGAAAUGAUUGCCGCCGAAACUGUUUAUGAUAUUAGAUGGUGUCUCGCGGCGUUGGAAGCCAGCGGCGGGGAUUUAGACAAGGCGAGAGAUUGGUUGAAUGGAUGGGCACCGAAAAGAGACGAAACUAGAUCUGAAUGAUGACGAUAGAUAAGAAUUUAUGUAAUUAAUCCUUUUGUCUAUAGAGAGCCAUUAUUUCAUAUUUCAUACAGCCGUGACAAAAUACAACUACGACAACAACA